UACCUCUCCAUCCUCAAGCCACAUCUUCACAUCAAUCAAUCCACAAUAAACACACUAUUAUAACAUUAAUAAUCAACUCCAGCAAAUAUGGCCACCAAGUUCGUCGUCCUCGCCGCGCUUCUCGCCGCCCUGGUUGCCUGCUCCUCCGCCUACACGACGGUGGUGACCACCACCACCGUGGAGGAGGCAGACAUGAAUCCCCAGCAGUCGUGCGAGAAAGAGAUGCAGCGUUUCCAGACACGCAAGUGCAUGCGGUAUUUGCAGAGCAGCCGUAUGGAGACGGAGACUCCAUUCCUGAGGAGCGCCGUCGCGGAUCCGGGUCAGCAGGAGCAGGAACUCGAAGAAUGCUGCAAUGAGCUGAGGAGCGUGAGCUCUCCGUGCCGGUGCAGGAUGAUAAAGGAGACUCUGAAGGAGAUGCAGAAGCAGCCGCACAUGGAGGAAGAGGGGAAGGAGGAGGCAUGGCAGAUGAAGCAGAAGGCGGAGUCGCUUCCCCGCCGCUGCGGUUUCAGGUCCCCCACCCACUGCCGCAUCAGCACUAUCUUCAUCUGAAGAAGAUGACGAUGGAAUGUAUUAAUAAAAUGGAUGUCUCUGUGGAUCCGAUCUGAUGCAUGCCUAGCUUGCUUGAUUAGGUUGUUGUAAUGUUAGCUGUUGUAUUAUGAGUAUUAAUAAAUGGACACAUCAUCGUGUGUUCGUGCAUGUUUAAGAUGCA